UAGACGUACGAGCGUCACGGUGACACGCUCUCAGGCCCUUCUUCUAGCCACGACGCGUCCAGCGCGUGUCCUCUCUAGCAACCUCACCCACGACCGCCAUGGCCCCCUCCAAGUCCGUCGCUCGACGCGACGCCGAGCUCAACCCGCGCACCAAAACCUAUGAGUUCCUUGGGCCCCCCGGCGCGCUCUUUGUGACCCUCUCCGUCCCGAUCAUGACCUACGCGCUGUACUUUGGCUGCUCGGAGCACACGGGGGGAUGCCCGCCGCCGCUGUCGAGCGAGACGAUUGUCGCUUCGCUGAGCGACCCGAACUGGUGGAAGAGCCUGUGGGACACGGAGGCGACGCUCAUGUACCUCAGUUGGUACGCGUUCUGUGUGGCGGCGUGGUUUGUGCUUCCGGGUGACUGGGUGGCGGGCGUACCGAUGCGUACGGGGCAGAAGAAGAUGUACAAGAUCAAUGCUUUCUCGACGAUGCUGCUCGCGCUCGGCCUGACGGGAGGCUACAUCUGGCGCUACGGCUUCGAGUCAUUCACCUUCAUCUACGACAAGUGGGUUGGCCUGGUGACGGCCUCUAUCCUCAUGUCCGUCAUCCAAGGCAUUGGAUGCUAUGCUGCUUCCUUCCGUCCAGGCGCCCUGCUUGCCCUCGGAGGUAACAGUGGCAACCCGAUUUACGACUUCUUCAUCGGCAGAGAGCUGAACCCCUCCAUUGGCUAUUUCGACCUGAAGUCUUUCAAUGAGCUCCGACCCGGUCUUAUACUCUGGGUCCUCAUUGAUAUCAGCAUGAUCUGCGAGCAGGCUGUCCGCCGUGGUGGAUUGGAGAAAGUCACCGACUCGAUGUGGCUUGCCACCGCUUUCCAGAUCUUCUACGUUUUGGACGCGUUGUACAAUGAGCCGGCGAUCUUCACGACCAUGGACAUCACGACCGACGGCUUCGGCUUCAUGCUCGGCGUUGGCGACCUCGCCUGGGUGCCCUUCGUCUACUCCCUGCAGCCGCGCUUCCUGGUCUUCAGGCAGAAUGAGCUCGGCAUCCCCGCUGCCAUCGCGGUGCUCGCCGUCAAUGGCCUCGGCUACUACAUCUUCCGCGCGGCCAAUGGCGAGAAGAACGACUUCCGUAACGGCAAGAACCCCAAGAACCUGAAGUAUAUGACGACCGAGCGUGGUUCGAAGCUACUCAUCGAAGGGUGGUGGGGCAAGUCCCGGCACCCGAACUACAUGGGCGACCUGAUCAUGGCGUUCGCAUGGUCCCUCCCGACAGGCUUCGAGACGCCGAUCACGUACUUCUACGUUGCAUACUUCGCCGUGCUCCUCAUCCACCGGCAGAUGCGGGAUGACGAGAACUGUGAGAAAAAAUACGGAAAGGACUGGCACCGAUACUGCGAGAAAGUGCCGUACCGCAUUAUUCCCUACGUAUACUGAGGUUUCCGGACGGCUGGAGACAAGCUGAAGGGGGCUUCUAUGUGCCGACGUGAUUGAGAAAGCGUGAGGAUCUCUUGGGCUGUGUGAAGUGGACUGUCUAUUGUAUUCUGGUUAUUAAGUAUAUGCUUCUGCGUCUGUGGUAGACCGAUCGUGAUAUGAUAACUUAGUUCUAGAAGUCCUCUCUUAUUAACAGUGAGUGUCUGCGACGCGGAAGUUCGGGCACAACUAUCAUACAGUUC